UUCCAGUUACCUUCGUCAUUUAAAAACUCUGAUAUCAAAUAGUGAAAUGUUAAAAAAGGACUCUCUUCUUUAAAACUGCUGUGUAUAGGAAUAAUUAUCAAUUUGACUUGAGUAAGCUGCUUUCUCUAACUGAAAUUCAUUAUUGAUUUGGACUGCCCUGCUAUAUAAAAGGGACAGGGAUAACUGCGCUCUUUCCACUAAGACGACAAGAUGAGUUACGGAUCAGAUCUCUACAUCUCCUCCUCUUACAGGAAGAUUUUUGGGGACUCCCCCCGCUACUCGCCCUCCUCAUCCAAACUGGGUACCAGCUCCCCUUUUCGGAACUCCGUCUCAUCCAGCGGCAUCAGAUCCCAGUCUCUUUCCAGGAGCAGCGCCUCCGCCCUGGGAUCUUCCUACAAGAGGACGGGACGGUCUGCCUUCACCCCCGUGUCCAGUGAAAACCUUGAUCUGACCCAAACCUCGGUCCUCAACAAUGAGUUCAAAAUCAUUCGUACCAACGAGAAAGAGCAACUGCAGGGGCUCAAUGACAGGUUUGCAAUGUUCAUCGACAAGGUCCGUAACCUCGAACAGCAGAAUAAGGUUCUGGAGACCGAACUGGCUGCGCACAGGCAGCGGCAAACAGAGCCGUCCCGGUUAGCCGAGAUCUAUCAGCAAGAGAUCCGAGAGCUCCGAUCCCAGCUUGAGGACAUCAACGGUGAAAAAUCGCAGAUACUCAUCGAAAGGGACAACAUUGAGGAGGACCUUCAGAAGCUAAGAGCAAAGUACGAGGAAGAGAUCAGGGCCAGGGAAGACGCCGAUCAAACCCUGAAGAUUUACAAGAAGGACGUGGACAACGCGACCAUGGUCAGGCUGGACCUGGAGAAAAAAGUGGAGUCCCUCCUGGAUGAGAUCUCCUUCCUCAGAAAGGUGCACGAGGAAGAGGUGACCGAGUUAAUGGCUAUGAUACAGGCUGCCCAGGUAUCGGUGGAGAUGGAAGUGAGCAAGCCUGACCUCACCUCUGCGCUGAAGGAGAUUCGCAGUCAGUACGAGUCCCUGGCAUCCAAAAACCUGCAGUCUGCCGAGGAGUGGUACAAAUCCAAGUUCGCUAACCUCAAUGAACAGGCGGUCAAGAGCAACGACGCGAUCCGGGCGAGCAGGGAGGAGAUCAACGAGUUUAGAAGGCAGCUUCAAUCCAGGACCAUUGAAAUCGAAAGUCUUCGGGGCACCAACGAGUCACUGGAAAGGCAGAUCCGGGAGAUGGAGGAGAGGCACAAUGAAGAGCUCUCCGGAUUCCAGGAUGCCAUUGGCCAACUAGAGAACGAGCUGAGGAGCACUAAGAACGAGAUGGCUCGCCAUUUGAGGGAAUAUCAAGACCUCCUUAAUGUCAAGAUGGCUCUGGACAUUGAAAUUGCAGCUUACAGGAAGCUGCUGGAAGGUGAGGAAACUCGUUUCAGUGCUGGGAUCAGCUUCCCUCCUCCCAGUAUGGGGCCCAGUCUGAGCUAUGGCUAUCAGACAAAGGUCUACACCAGCUCCUCCAAGGUACCCUCCAAAAAGGAUCAGAAGGAGGAAGAGCCUCCCAAGGCAGCGCCAAAGGUGUCGACCCAGCGGGAGACCUUCGAGGAGAUCAUAGAGGAGACCAUCGUGUCCACGAAGAAGGUGGACAAAACCGACCAAGAGGGAGCAAACCAAAGCAGCCAAAAAAACUAAACCAAGAACAAGAAUGACAAGGAAGUUUCAGAGAUGAAUUGUUCUGCAGCAUUCCCCAUAGCCCUUCCAUUCCAAUAAAUUCCACCCGCUUGCAUUUCCAAGACAUUUCCCUCACCUUCCUUUCCAGUGAAGUAUUUACGCUCAGAAUCCUGGGAAUCACUUUUAAGGUAUUUUGAUGUUAUCUUGCAAUCCAAUGUACGAUUCCUCUCUGAAACCUGUCAUAUAAAACGUGCAAAGUCAAUGUUUCCCUUCACCUUCUCUUUAAACAAAACAACACAAGAAACCAAAACAUUAGGUGCAUGUUGUGCUGUCAGGUUUGCAUGAUUCCUCAGUGUGGCUCAUUGACUGUAUUGUCACUUAACCAUAGUACCCAUGCUGUCAGUCACAGUGAAUGCAUUCAUCUCAGAAGUGCAUGUGAAACUACAACUGGGUGAGAUUAAAAGAAAGAAAACAGCUCUGGUCUCUUACACACAACACUGCACAGUAUUUUCAAAUCCUGGCCAGAGCACAGUCUUGUGUGUCAGUAACACUGUGAACUGUACUCCCCAGAUUGCAAACCUCUCCUCUUAGUCUUAGCAUUGCAACUGGGAAAGACUAGUUCAAAGAUAUAGAUAUCUUAGCCUUAAUGCAGUCUUGCAUUGUUCAGAAUCACAUGUCCAGUAGGUUGUGCAUGUCUAAAACAAACACUGACAGUUUUUCCAAUGUAGUAGGUGAGGCUAAUCCAUAACAAAGAGGUCCCAUAACUUAAGAUCACAGGAUACCUAAAGGGGUUCAUGUUUAAUAGAAUUAGAACACCACAUACAAAGAACAGUCUUUUCCUUAACUAUCAGGUUGUGGCGGAAACAGUCAUCAGCAUUACCUGCUUUUAUAUUUAUAUAUAUAUAUAUAUAUAUAUAUAUAUAUAUAUAUAUAUAUAUAUAUAUAUAUAUAUAUAGAAUAUAUAUAGACACACACACACACCGUGUGUUAUAACAUAACUAAGGGUCUGCUAUUCUAUGUGUGUGUAUUGAAAGUUUUGGCAUUCAUUCAAAUUUGCUUGGAAUAAAUUAACCACAAGUCUACCGAUAGCAUCCAUGUAUAAAAAAAACAGUUACGAAAAACUGAAAAUCUACUGCCUAUUUGAAAUGUGUUCUUUUGGAUCUGAAUUUACAUGCAUCAAAUACAUGCUAAGCCAAAUCUGUUGUGGUGCCACUUUUGUAAUAGAAAAUGCUAGCGGAUUUCUUCAUCUCCUGCUCCAAGCCAUACACUAUAUCUGACCAAUGCUGUGCUUAAGCCUUAGUAUGUUUUUUGUAGACAAGUCUAGGUACAUAAGAGUGAUAAGCAUUGCUUUAGAAAAACCUAACCACUAAGAUUGCACUGCCAAACUUUUGUACUGUAUCUGUAGCCAGCUUUCAUUAUGAUUAACAAUAAGAAAACACACACAACAUGUAAAAAACAUGCUCAGUGAAAUGCAGUAGGUUUUUAAAAUGCCUUAACAGCAGCAGCUUUCUGAGACCUGAAGAUCUGUGUGCCUUCCAUAUGGUGCUGUUACAUGUGUGUGUUUUGUUCACGUGAAGUAGUAUGAAGUGAAUGAUAUUAGCACUAAAUGAGUAGUGAUUGAAAGUAGAUUCUCUUCUUAACCCCUUGUUCCUGUCUGCUGUAAGGCCCACAUCAAUAAAAAAUUGGCACAAACACCCUCA